GCGAGCAAUUCGUUUAUAGGAGAGAGUGCGUGCAUCUAUCCAGGAGAGUGCGACCAGUUCGCUGACUGCGGCGACAGCGAUUUCGGCAACAUGGGUAACGUUGUGGGGAUUAUUACGAACGGAAUUUAAUUGGGAGCGACCGGAAAAAAUGGCAGAGAGGUUGGAGUGGGUUGAGAUCAUCGAGCCGCGCACGCGGGAGCGCAUGUACGCCAACCUCCUCACCGGAGAGUGUGUGUGGGACCCCCCUCAGGGGGUGCGUAUCAAGAGGACAGGGGACACCCAGUGGUGGGAGCUGUUCGACCCCAACACCUCCCGCUUCUACUACUACAACGCUUCCACGCAACGCACCGUCUGGCACCGCCCGCAGGCCUGUGACAUCAUCCCCCUCGCCAAGCUACAGACGCUGAAGCAGCACACGGACGUGCCCUGCCCGGGAGGGAUGGGGGGUGACAAAGGAGGGAGGACGUCAGCGGAUAGCAGUGCCGUCAGCAGAGAGGGGAGCACCUCGUCUUCACUGGACCAGGACCUGACCAGAGAGGAGAAACAGGGGAACAGAGAGGAGGCAGACAGGACCUCUCCGUUCAGGUGGAACACAGGUACUAAGGAGAGGAUGCUGAUCAAGGUGACAGACAGAGAACCCAGCUUCCUCUCUCACCAGGGGAAUGGUUACUCCCCCUGCGACCCCCCCACCCUCCCCCCAGUCCCUGCACCCGGCACUGGCACAGCCUCCCGUACCCGCCGGUCCUCUGGAGGCUCCGCCCCCCCUGAUGGUGCCCCUGACGGCUCUCCCAUCCUCUAUGUUGACCGCCACCAGUCGCCCUUCCUAAAACGGGCGGAGCUAGGGGGCGGAGGAACAGGGACCCACCGGCGCUCGUCGGCUGACUCACAACCCUCUUCCCCCCGCUAUGCCUAUGAACCCCCCCUCUACGAGGAGCCCCCCUCGGAGUACCAGCCCCCGCCCAUCUACGAGGAACCUCCCACAGAUGUGAUGCGCCACCUGGGCUCUGACUCCUCCUCCUUGCAGUACGGCACAGGGAAGUCCCCCACCCGGGGAAAUCCCUCCUCGGGGACGCCCCUCUAUCUCUCGCCCAAACAGAGCCACUCCCCCUAUGGUCAGCUGGUGUUGACCAGACAGAAGUGCCCAGAGAAGACACAGAGUCUGGAGUACAGCCCUGCAGGGAAGGAGUAUGUCAAACAGCUGGUCUAUGUGGAACAGUCCUCCUCCAGCCCGCGUUUUAAGACGUCCGACCGCCUCCUUCGCUACGGGACCUCCACGGCCACCACUUCCUCCACGGGGGGUUAUGGGGGCUCCUACGGGGGAUCCUACACCCUCCAACACAGCCAGAGUCUGAUCCGGGACCCCCGGCUGCUGCUGGACUAUGGGGGUGGGGAGGGGGGCGAAGGCGGGGGCCAGAGGCUGCUCUACGAGGACUCCAUGUCCUGGAGCUCCAGUCAGCACCACUCCCUCUCCCUCUCUGGGUCUACAGGAGGAGGGAGCUUCUCGCCCAGUGGCAACCGCAAACGCAAGACCCGGAAGCCCUCCCUGCCUCAGGAGCUGGGGAGUUGUGGAGGGGGUGGUGGGGUGGAGCGGGAGGAAGGGCCAAUGUCGGGGACGCUGUCGGAGGCGGUGAUGAACCAGGCCAGGCUGGCGUGGGAGGCCCAGCAGGUGAUGAAGCAGAGGAGCAGUUGGGACUCAGCCCCGGGAGGAGGGGGAUCGGCUGGUGGCUGUGCCCAGGGAGGUGUGUCUAAAGACGGGUACGAGAGCGACGGUGCGGUGCCCCUCCCCCUGCCAGGCCCGGUGGUGAGGGCGUUUAGUGAGGACGAGGCGUUGGCACAGAGCGACGGGCAUCACGGGCAUUACCACUGGAAACGCAGCACCUUCGACAGACUGGGCUUCCCUCGGGCACUACUGGAGAAGAGCCUGUCUGUACAGACCAACCUGGCCUCGCCUGAGCCCUUCUUACACCCCUCACAGUCAGAGGAUCUUGGAGCCUGUGCUCAGUUCGAGGCAAGUCGUAAUGCUCGGAACAUGAUGCCCAGCGCAAGCUGUGGAGUUUUCCCAGAAUUCACCCUGCGGAAGCCGUCCUCGGAGACCGACAUCGAGAACUGGGCCUCCAAACACUUCAACAAACACACACAGGGUCUGUUCCGGCGCAAGGUGUCCAUAGCCAACAUGCUGGCAUGGAGCAGUGAGCCAAUCAGGAAGCCCAUGAUCGUGACGUCAGACCGCGCGGUGAAGCGGGAGGCGGUGGAGAUCUUUAAACUAAUCCAGACCUACAUGGGAGACCGCCGAGCCAAGACUGACCCACUCACUGUCGCCCUGGAGACUGGCCCACUGAACAUCGCCCUGGAGGUGGCAGUGCGUGGUUGGAGCAGUCAGGGUCUUCGUGAUGAGCUCUACAUCCAGCUCUGUCGUCAGACCACAGAGAACUUCCGCUACGAUAGUCUGGAGAGGGGCUGGGAGCUCAUGGCUGUGUGUCUGGCCUUCUUCCCCCCAACUCCACGCUUCCACUCCUACUUGGAGGGAUACAUCUACAGACACAUGGACCCUCUCAACGAUACUAAAGUGGCUCGGCACAUCAGCGGUCUGCUGGCGAGCCGGGUGGAAAGGCGAGCCAGACUGAUGCGUGGGCGUCGCCCUGGGAGGGAGAAGGCGAGGCCAGUGGAGGGAGUGGCGGUAAGCGGCUAUGCCAAAUACUGUUACCGUAAACUGCAGAAGGCUGCUCUGACCGGAGCUAAGAAGGGGUUGCAGAAGCCGUGUCUGGAGGAGAUCAAACAUGCCAGGAACGCCAUAUUCAGCCCCUCCAUGUUUGGCUCCUCCCUGGAGGAUGUGAUGUCACUGCAGAAGGAGCGUUACCCCGACAGCCAGCUGCCCUGGGUCCAGACACGCCUCUCAGAGGAGGUUCUGGGGCUCAACGGAGACCAGACAGAGGGCAUCUUCAGGGUUCCAGGUGACAUAGAUGAGGUCAACGCCCUCAAGCUGCAGGUGGACCAAUGGAAGAUCCCCACGGAUCUGGAGGACCCUCACAUUCCAGCAUCUCUGUUGAAGUUUUGGUACAGGGAGUUGGAUGAGCCAUUGAUUCCGCAUGCGUUCUAUGAGGAGUGUAUCACUCACUAUGAUGACCCUGAGGCUGCAGUCAACGUUGUCAUGGCCCUGCCUCACAUCAACAAACUGGUGCUCUGCUACCUCAUACGUUUUCUACAGGUGUUUGGCCAGCCUACCAACGUGGUGAUAACUAAGAUGGAUGUGAACAACCUGGCCAUGGUGAUGGCUCCCAACUGCCUGCGCUGCCAGUCAGACGACCCACGCAUCAUCUUUGAGAACACGCGUAAAGAGAUGUCCUUCAUCCGCGUGCUCAUCCAACGCCUCGACACCAGCUUCAUGGAUGGCCUGCUAUAGCCCCCCAACUUCAACUGUGCCCCAAAACGACCAUACAACACGGAGCGCCUCUCUCCCUGCUAUAGCCCCCCAACUUCAACUGUGCCCCAAAACGACCAUACGACACGCAGCGCCUCUCUCCCUGCUAUAGCCCCCCAACUUCAACUGUGCCCCAAAACGACCAUACGACACGGAGCGCCUCUCUCCCUGCUAUA